GCAAGGACGGCACUGUAAUCACUGCCUAGUACCGUCAGAAUGCAGAUUUUCGUCCGGACUGACCGGACUCACCUCGUUGAGGUGAGUCCGGCGCAGACCGUCGCCGAUGUGAAGGCUGCCGUGGAGGCUCUGCAGGGCCUGGAGGCCGGCGAGCAGCGCAUCCUGUUCAACGGUGUGCAGCUGGAGGACUCCCAGGUCCUGGCUGAGGCCGGUGUCAGCGAUGACAGCACCCUGAUGUGCCUGCUGCGCCUGCUGGGUGGUGCCAAGAAGCGCAAGAAGAAGACGUACACCAAGCCCAAGAAGCAGAAGCACAAGCACAAGAAGAUCAAGCUCCGGGUGCUGAAGUUCUACAAGGUGGACGACUCCGGCAAGGUCCAGCGCCUGCGCAAGCAGUGCCCCAACUGCGGCCCCGGCACGUUCAUGGCCACCCACUUCGACCGCGUGUACUGCGGCAAGUGCGCCAACACCUUCGUGUACGAGGGCGGUGCGCCCGCCGGUGCCCCCAAGAAGUCGGGCGGCGCCGCCGCUGCCGCUGCCCCCGCCCCCGCUGCCGAGGCCGGCGGCAAGGGCAAGAAGGGCAAGAAGUAAAUGGCUGGCCCCACCGUUGCGUGCGCGCCCGCGGUGCGCUGCGCGGUCGGCAGCUUGGGUGUGGCAUCCGGUGCGGCUUGUCCCGCCGGCAUGUAGCUCUUAUGUAACGGGCUGUCUGU